CAACCGAUGCUUCUUAAAAGUGCGGGACCUCUGGGCCGAGCCGGUGGUGUUCCCUGGUGCCGCACAGCGCACAGCGUUUGGUGUGAGCCGCUGAUCUAUCUGCUUCAGGUAAAUAAAGAGCAAGAUGGAAUCAUCUGAAGACCCUAGGCAGGGUGCUCACAUCCACAGCGGAGAUCUUGGUUUGCUCAACACCAGUUUAUUGUAGCUGCACUGAGCCAGGAAGAACAGCAAUAACAUCAGAAGACCCUGUCAGCUUGUGUGGCUGUGGCAAGGAACGAUCGCUUAGUUAGACCUGUGGAUCCUUUCUUGAAGAAAACCGUUAACCUGCAGUGGUCGAUGGACUAAUCCCGAAAAGCCACAGCUUUAACCUCUUGUCCUCUGGCUUUAGGCUCUGAGGACUCAAGGUUUCGUUGGUGGCCGGUGGCCUGCAGGACGGAGGAACAGCCACUUCCACCACGGGAGCCCCAUGGCACUCGCCUCUACCCUGGCCUCCCUCCAGGAGGAGAGCUGCUGUCCCGUGUGCCUCAAUUACUUCAAAGACCCGGUGACCAUCGACUGCGGACACAACUUCUGCUUCGACUGCCUGGGCGCUUGCUGGGAGAACCUGGACGACACCUUUCCCUGCCCUAUCUGCCGCUUCCCCUACUACCGCAAGAACUUCCGCCGGAACCCGCAGCUCCGCAGCCUGACGGAGACUGUGCAGAAGCUGGGGGUGCGCAGGAGCAAGCGGAAGCAGCAGCUGCAUCCUGAGCAUACCACGUGCAAGAAGCACCAGCAGGCACUGACGCUGUUCUGCGACAAGGACCUGGAGCUGCUGUGCACGCGCUGCAGCUUCACCCCCAAGCACCUGGAGCAUCACGUGUGCCCCAUUGAGAGCGCCGCACCGCACCACCGCAGGCUGCUGGAGGACAAGGUGGAGCCGCUGCGGAGCAGCUUGGAACAGGUGGAGAAGAUGAUCGCGCUGCAGGGCAGCAAGAUGCUGGAGCUGCGCAAGGAGGCCGAGGCCAGGAGGAGGGAGAUCGAGGCGGAGUUCGAGCAAGUCUGCCAGUUCCUGCAGGGCGAGCAGGAGGCUGUGCUCAGAAAGAUAUGCAAGGAAGAGGUGGAGAUCUUAGCAGAAGUGAACCAGAACCUGGCUGCCUUCUCCGCCUACUUGUCUGGCCUAAAGCGCCUGCUGAAGCAUGUGGAGAACAAGAGCGAAGACUCGGACUUGGCGGUGCUGAGGUCCCUGAAGGGCAUCGAGGACAAGUCGCAGAAGCUCAGGCGCCCCGACAGCUGCACCAUCGAGCUGAGCGGCUAUGAGGUGAGGCUCCCGGCCCAGUUCUCAGGCCUGGGCCGCAUCGUGCAGCACUUCCAGAUUGAGGUGCUGUACGACCCCGCCACGGCCCACCCGCAGCUCACGGUCUCCAGUGACAAGAAGACGGUGCACUACCACGACAACUGGAGGAGGGUCUGCUACGCCCCCAGGAGGUUCUACCUAUGCCCGGCCGUCCUGGGCCUCCAGAGCUUCACCUUCGGCCGGCACUACUGGGAGGUGGAGGUGGGCACCAAGCCCAAGUGGACCCUGGGCGCCUGCCGGGGCUGCCUGCCCCGCAACUGGCGAAAUGAGCCAACCGUGUGCCCCGGCUUCUGGGCCCUCGGGCGCUGCGUGGACACCGGCUACCUCGCCUUCGGCCCCCAGAGAGCCCAGAUCGUGCCCAAAGUGAGGCCCAGCAAGAUCGGCGUCUUCCUGGACUACGAGCUGGGCGAGAUUUCCUUCUACAACGUGGACGACGGGUCCCUGCUCUACACUUUCCAUCACCGUUUCACCAAAACCAUCUGGCCUUAUUUCUAUAUUGGAAGAGAUCCCGAGCCUCUUAAACUCGUGUCAGUGUCAGAUGAUGAAACAUAAACAACCUGUUAAUCAUUGCGAUUUAGAAUUUAGGACCAACUGAACUUGAUCUCCUUUCCAGAAGUUUUGUAAGUUUCAUGACACACCCAAAACUGGAAGAGAUUUUUCAUUCACCCACGUUUUCAGCAACUAUGAGAAGAAACAUUACUGCUGUGAUGAUACAGUGCCAGUCCCAUAGAUAGGAAGUCAAUUUUCAAAUGUGAUUUGAAUUCUGAGGUACUUGAUCUAUUAGUCUGAGAGGCUGGCCUUGAAUUCCCGGUGAUCCUCUUCCCUCAGCCAAGACUUGUAUUUAUUUAUUUUUUAUUUGAAAAGGAAGAAGUAAAACAUUUUUAUUCACAGGUUACAUAUGUUAGAAAACCCUAUGGAAUCUACAAAAGAGCUACUAGAGGUAAUGAAUUUCACAAGAUGGCAGGGUACAAGAUCAAAAUACAAACAAUUACAUGUCUGUGUUCUAGCAAAGGGAAAUUGGAUAUUGAAAUUUAAAAUACCAUUUUAAAAAGCUGAAACUAAUAAGCAAUUACAUUAGUCUCCCCUAAUGUGUGGUUUCACAUUCCAUGAUUUCACCUUUGAUGGUUUCAGUUACAGUUAACUGUAGUACAAAAAUAUAAAUGGAAAAGUAUACAAGAAAAUAAUUCUUAAAAUUUUAAAUUGUCAUUGUAAAUAGUGUGAGGAAAUCUCACACCACCUUGCUCCAUCCCAGCCAGGAUGUAUAUUGUUCACCAGUGUAUUCAUGCUGUACAUGCUAUCCACCCCAUGGCAACUGAGACUACAUUCACAUAGCUUUUGUUACACUAUAUUGCUAUAGUUGUCCUAUUUUAUUAUUUGUUAUUGCUGUUAAUCUCUUACUGUUCCUAAUUUAUAAAUUAAAGUUUAUCAGAGGUACAUAGGUAUGUAUAUAGAAAAAACAGGUGAUCAAUACUAUCCAUGGUUCUAAGCAUCCAUCUUUGAUUCUUGGACUGUAUGCUCUACAGAGAAGAUGGAAUUAAUGGAUAACAAGAUUGCAGGAUAAGGACUUGUAUUUAUUAUGUCCAAUAAAUCAAUUAUUUUGGUGCACUGCUGGGGACUGACUCCAGGACUUUGUGCAUGUUAGGAAAGUGCUCUGUCACUGAGCCAUAUAAAUGUAUAUUUUAUAUUUGCUUUGCUUUUUUUGAGAUGAGGU